AUCCUAUACCUCCAAUCCAAACUCCAAACCCAAACACAAUUUCAACCAAACCAAAAUGCCCCCAACUCCCGGCGAAUCCAACCUCCAAACCCUCCUCGCCUCCCUCUCACCCAUUCUCCACCCGGACAUUUUCGUCUUCCUCACCAUCCCCCACACCAGCAUCUCCCAAGCAAGUCCAGAUCUCCACACCUUGCAACCACGACUCCUCUUCCAGGAAGCGGAAGGCACCACGUACAUUGUGACUCGUGAACGUGCCGAAGCACACGGCUUCACUGAUUAUGUUUUCCCCUGCCGCAUGAUUACCAUCAGCGUGCACUCUAGUCUUGAGGCGGUGGGGCUGAUGGCUGCUAUUAGCGCUAAGCUUAAGGAGGCUGGGGUGAGUGCGAAUGUGUUUAGUGGGUUCUAUCAUGAUCAUGUUUUUGUUCCUGAGGGGAAGGAAGAGGUUGCGAUGACGGCGUUGGGGGAGUUGUCGGGGAAGUAA